AUGGCCAAGCUCAAAAACGUGUCUGCCUCAAAGGGCCUCCUUCACCUAUCUCCAGAAGAGGAGAAAAGGAAGCACAGGAAGUUGCGCCUGGUACAGAGCCCCAACUCCUACUCCAUGGACAAGAAGUGUCCAGGAUGCUACAAAAUCACUGCCAUCUUUAGCCAGGCAAAGACACUAGUUUUGUGUGCUGGCUGCUCCAUUCUUCUUGGCCAGCCUACAGGAGGAAAAGCCAGGCUUACAGAAGGAUGCUCCUUCAGACAGAAGCAGUGCUAAA